CAUACCGCGGUCCUUGGUCGCAGCACGUGUACCGGGAACACCGUACGAGUGUAUCGCCGGCUUUGUCGACUGGCACAAGUGUUCCGUCGUCGUUCCCGUCGCCGUUCCCGCUGCAACCGUUGAUCGCCGCCAAUCGACAACGACCAACUUGUGGAUGAAUACAGAUUUCAAUCAGUUCAGGAUGACCAUGGACGUCCAUCGGACCGUGACGUCAUCGCCAUCGUACUCGCCCAGUGAACUGCAGAUGACGUCUUUGCCGCCGCAGAGGCCACAGAAACGCAGUUUUGACGUAGCGUUCCUGAUGGCGCCUGACGAUCUCAGCAAGCGCAGACAAAGGCCCGUUCACGUGGCCUCCGCGGUCAACUAUUCGCCGGCCCGUUCCGCGUUCACCAAAGUCGUGUCGCCAGAUCCGGGCGCGCUGUCGCCCACGUCUUCGUCGUCGUCGCCGCCCAUCGUCACGCCGCCGCCCAUCGAACUGGGAUACCACCAAGACAGCCUGAGCCCGCCGCCGUCACUGCCGCCGCCUCUGCCGCAGCCACAUUUUAUGACGCCGUUCCCGAUGGGCUUCCGGACGCCGCCGUUCAUGAUGUUGCCGCCGCGGCCGCAGCCCAAGGACAACGGCGGUUAUCCGGCACAGCCGUCGCCGCUGCAAUUCGGGGCCGCCGCCGCUCUGCCCGCCAUGCUUUUGCCCGCCUCCAUAGCCGCGGCCGCUUUGACGUUGCCGUCGCAAAACGUGUGCGCCAAGUGCAACGUCAGCUUCCGCAUGACCUCCGACCUGGUGUACCACAUGCGGUCGCACCACAAGGGAGACGGAGCCGGAAACGGCGGCGGCAGCGCUGCGGGCGGCGCGGCGGACGCCAAGAAGCGACGGGACAUGGACAAGCUCCGGUGUCCGGUGUGCGACGAGAGCUUCCGGGAACGGCAUCACCUGACCAGACACAUGACCGCGCACCAAGACAAGGAGGGCGAUCGGCUGGACGACGAGGACGAUCAUCAGCAGGGCGCCAAAUGACGCAAGGCGACCGCGGGUAGAAGACGCCAUUCGUACCGCGAGGAUCAUCAGUCGCUUCGUCCGCAUCACCAUCAUCAUCACCAUAUCUAGUCGUCACAUCUUUAUACAGUAUUAUUAUCCAUACCUUAUUAUUGUUUUGUAAGAUAAUAUAUUAUAUAAUACCUAUAUUCUUAUGUUCUUGAUCUUUUCCAUUACAUUAUUAUGACCACAAUUAGGUAGCAACUGAAAUGGAGUAGUUUUUUAAAGCGCACACAUUAAUAACAAUCAAGUAUUGCCCCGUAGUUUGUUUAUUAUAUUAUCUUAUAUCGAUUCGAUUUAACAUACAAUUUUGAACUUAUAUCGUGUACGGUCGCAUCUUGUUAUUGAAGAAAAUACCGUUUACCUACUUUGCAUAACACGUUUAGGUAAAUAAUGCCGUUUGUUAAAUUAAGGUGUGAAAUUUUUUUGGCAAUUCGAUGCGAUUCGAGUUGCAAAUUAUAAUAUAAAAAUGCUGGAUUUUCAAUAAUUUUUAUUCGUUCUCUGGUUUUCAUAUAAAUUAAUUACAAUCGAAAUUCGAACCGAGCCGGUAAUGUUUUUUUAUUUAUUAUUAUUUUUUGCACGCGCCUGCAAACUCCGUUUGACCCUCUAAUCCGCAAACAAGGGUGAUGACCGUCGGACGGGGUGGCGGAAUAGGGGUAGGUCGGGUGGCGACAAAAAUGACAAAUGUCCUUACAAAUCAUACAUAUUAUAUAAAUGCACACGCGAGCAAUAAUUAACCGUGUAGCCACUACCGAAAGAGGGAUGCGGAUGGGAUUUAAUUCUGUAAUGGGGUCCGAUAAAUAGAUUAAAAUGCCCCUUUCGUCCAAAUCAUAUUGUAUCAUCCGUUGUAUUUUAAAAUUAAAUGGCCCGAAAUCAAACGAUAACGUUUUAAUAAUUUUAACAGUCCAAAAAAAUAUAUUAUAAUAAUAAAUAUUGUACAGAAUCCGCGUUACCAUUGUAGUGAAACCUCGUGCGAACUGUGUAAUAUUCUAUGAACAAUUAGAAAUGUACACUGUAUACUCAAUCUUGAUUAAAAUUUACCAUACUAUAGAGGUGUUUAUUGCGUAGCCGUAGAUAAUAGGUAUAAAUUUUAACGAGUGUGUGUUAAUAUACAUAUAUAUAACCAUUUACUUGAUAAAAAUUGUAGUUGUCUUUAACUAUUUCAUUAAUAAGAUGGUAAGAAGUAUAUUAUAGUUUUGUGUAA